AUGCUAUCUCAUGCCGACCUCCUGGAUGCUCGCCUCGGUGAGUUAACAUCACCAAACUCCGGUCUUCAACUCUACUGGAUGAAGGAUGCCGCGGCGGAGCUCCUGGGCCACAGGGAGGCUUUGAAAUGCAGGCUCGGCGGUGGGGGACCUGACCCGGGACACUCGGGGGAGCUCGGCCCGGGCCCGGACGGCGUGGAAGGGACUACGAUGCUCCCGGGUGACGAUAUCACCAGCGGCGGGGGAUCCAACCCGGUGCAGGUGAACAGCAAAGAGCAGGAGAAACAACAGCAGCAACAGCAGCAGAACAACAACAGCAACAGCAACCCCAACCAGUCUGGAGGGCAGCAGCCCCAGAAACAGAAGCGACACCGGACCCGCUUCACGCCGGCGCAGCUCAACGAACUAGAGAGGAGCUUCGCCAAAACACACUACCCUGACAUCUUCAUGCGGGAGGAACUGGCUCUGAGGAUCGGCCUGACGGAGUCCAGAGUGCAGGUCUGGUUCCAGAACCGACGCGCUAAGUGGAAGAAGCGCAAGAAGACCACCAACGUGUUCCGGGCUCCGGGGACUCUGCUGCCGACGCACCACGGUCUGCCUCAGUUCCCAUCCGCAGCUGCGGCAGCAGCGGCUAUGGGUGACAGCCUCUGCUCCUUCCACGCCAACGACACCCGCUGGGCCACGGCAGGGAUGCCUGGCGUGUCUCAGCUGCAGCUCCCGCCCGCUCUGGGCCGCCAGCAGGCCAUGGCGCAGUCCCUGUCUCAGUGCAGCCUUGGAGCCGGACCACCGCCCAACUCCAUGGGUCUAUCCAACAUGUCGUCGAACGGCUCCGGGCUGCAGUCGCACCUCUACCAGCCCACUUUCCCCGGAAUGGUCCCAGCGUCUCUAUCCGGCCCGACGAACGUGACCGGGUCGCCUCAGCUGUGUAGCUCCCCGGACAGUGACGUCUGGAGAGGGACAAGCAUCGCCUCUCUGCGCCGCAAAGCGCUGGAGCACACAGUAUCCAUGAGCUUCACCUAGUGACGAGGGUCAGCGCUACGAGCUUUUCUCUCACCAACACAGAGAUCUUGUGCAUUUUGUUCUUACCCACCCAGUCCACCCAAAGAGGCACAGUGGGACAAAUAC